AUGAGUGAUUUACCUAAAGAUUAUAGAUACCCAAGCAGUGGUGUUAGUGGUCCAACAACCCCAACAAAGAAAGUUGCAAGUAGAAGCAAUAUUCCAUCUCCAAAGGCUAAUUUAACACCACCAAGGUAUUAUAAGAAACGUGUAGCGUCUACGCCACCUCGUCGUGAAGAGCUAUUAGCUUCAAUAUCAUCUAUAAAUAAUAAUAAGGAAAAUGUAGAUUUUCACAGACAACAAAGAUCAAGUAGUUCACACCAGACUGCUGAAUUAAGCUCAUUUUAUAAGGAAUAUAGUCUUCAAUUGAAGUCAUUACAAAGUGAUGUUAACAAUCAUCAAUCUGUAAGAGAUAAUUUGAGCAAUAAAAAUUCGCUAUUAGAAAACGAAAUAUUGUCAUUAAAAUUUAAAUUAGAUUCUUUAAGUAGUAAUAAUUCUGUAUUUGUGGAAAAGGUUAAAUCCAAAGAGAAUCAGUUAAAAGAACUAAAUGAAAUAAAAAUAUUAAAGGAGAAAAAUAUCGUUGAUAACCAUCAUUUGGAAAUAAAUCAAUUGAAAUCUACUCAUGAUAAUGAAUUAUCAUCUAUUAUUAGACAAUAUAAAAAAAAAUAUGAAUCAACGAAAUUUUCCAAGUUAGAAAGUUUUGGUAACCAAAAAAAAGAUAUUAACGAAAAAUUAUCAGUAAUUUCCAAAGAUAUUAUUAAUAAUGAAAAGAAUUUGAACUCUGAAUUAAGAAAAGUAGAUAAUAACCAGUCUAAAUCUAACAUCGACUGGCUAAAGGAAAACCAAACUCAAUAUAAUGAAAAGACAAAAGAAAAUAAUGGUUUAACCAAAGAAAUUUAUAAAUUAUCUGAAAAUAUCAAGAAACAGUUAGAACCAGAUUGUAGUAAUAAAAGAAAGGAACUUCAAUUACAAAUUGAAAAUAAUAAUAAUUUAGAUUCUGAACUAAGUGAUGUUCUAAAGGAAAAGGAAAACCUAAUCGAACACAUCUCUUCUAUUCAAAAGAAACUAUUAGAUUUAAAAAAUGAGAAUGAAACUCAAUUGAAAUUAAUUGAAGAUGAAAAUGAAAAAAGAAAAAUAUUAUCUAAAUUAAUAAUUGAAAAUGAUACCAAUAGGAGAAUAAUUCAUAAUCAGUUUCAAGAAUUACGUGGUAAUAUACGAGUAUAUUGUAGAGUAAGACCUCCUUUAAAAAAAAUUACUAAUUCACCACAAACUUCACACUUUUCAAUUGAAAUUCCAGAAGAUAAAAAUAUUCUUGAAGUUCAAAAUUUCGAUCAAACAAAGGGAACACAAACCAUUAAGGUCAAGAAAUUGGAUUCCAACAAUAAUGCAACUUAUUCUUUUGAAUUUGACCAUGUUUUUAAACAAGAUGAGGGGAAUUCUGAAGUAUUUAAUGAGAUUGAACAAUUGAUCCAAAGUGCCUUGGAUGGAUAUAACGUUUGCAUAUUUGCUUAUGGACAAACAGGUUCAGGUAAGACAUAUACUAUGCUGAAUCCAAAUGAUGGUGUUAUACCGAUGACUAUUAAAUAUAUUUUUAAUUCUAUGGAUUCUUUAAAGAAAAAUGGUUGGGAAUAUAACGUGUCGUGUGAGUUUAUCGAAUUAUAUAAUGAAAACAUUAUUGACUUAUUCCGUGAUAAUGGUCCAACAAAAGAUUCCAUCUCACAUGAAAUUAGACACGAUGAUCAAUCCAAAAUAACAUAUGUAACAAACAUUAAACGAUUUAAAAUAGAAAAUAUAUCUGAUACUAUUGGGCUAAUAAAUAAAUCUAAAAUUAAAAGAAUGACAUCUUCUACCGGAUUAAAUUCACAUUCGUCAAGAUCACAUGGGAUCUUCAUUAUAUAUUUAGAAGGUUACAAUCAUAAAACAAAUGAAAAAUGUAUAAGUAAAUUGAAUUUAGUGGAUUUAGCUGGUUCAGAAAGAAUCAACUUUUCAAAAGUUCAGGGGGACAGGUUAAAAGAAACUCAGAGCAUUAAUAAAUCAUUAAGUUGCUUAGGUGAUGUUAUUCAUGCCUUAAAUAGAGGAAAUAAGAAUCAUUUGAAUUCUAACGAUCUGCAAAAGACAAGACAUAUACCAUUUCGAAAUUCUAAACUUACAUAUCUUUUAAAGUACUCAUUGAUAGGGGAUUCUAAAACGUUAAUGUUUGUGAAUGUUUCAUCUAAUGAAGCACAUUUAAAUGAAACGAUUAACUCAUUAAGAUUUGCAACUAAGGUAAACAAUACCAAAGCUGAAUAA